UACGAUUGUUGGCAUUCGCACGGCACGAAUCAUACAGUACAUUUACAUUGCAAAAAAUCCUAAAACAAAGUUUUUAAACAAUUAAAAGCGAGCAGUUUACGGCGUGUUAUUAGAGAACCAGCCCAGCGUUCGCCUCCCCACCGCACCAGAGCGCGCGACCUUUCCGUUUCGCCGAGCAGCAUCGCCAGAAAGAGGGUCGUCGACGGCAGAGGGGCGCAGAGAGAAAAUGUCACGCAAAGCAGCAGCAGCAGCAGCAGAAAAAGAGUGAAGAAAUAUCAGAAUCCAUCGUCGGUCGGGUCGGGCUCACCGAAAACACUGCAGCCAGGGAGACGCUCCCUGGAAUGGUUCACAGCCAGUUGUAAUUCACAGGGACAGACACCUGCGAGCGCAAUGCGAACAACGCCGAUCCUGGCCAGGCCUGCGAUCAAACUCAGUCCCCAGCGUUGGCUUGGAUGUCGUCGGUAAUUGGUGCUGCCUCAGUUAGGACCCUCCUCGCAAUCCGCUGGCACGAUGCAAAGCCUGGACUCCUCCUGCCAAGAAGCCGACUUUAUCAUAAAUGACACGCUCAAGAAGCUAAAGGGCUCCAACAAUGCUGACCAUGCCUCGGGAAUAGCGCACACUGUGGUUCAAGCUCACGGGUCGAGUGUCCACCAGCAGCAGUUCGUGCAGUUUCAGACGGCGUCUUCCCCCAACCAUCAGCUACAAACGCAGCAGACGCAGUCGUACCACCAUCUACACUCUGGGCUUCAUCAGCAGCAGCAGCAGUCCCCCGUCACGGUCACCUUUGCAACCACCAGCAAGUCGUACCUGGAGGCCAGCCUGCUGCAGGCCAUACCACAGAUUCCUGCCCAACCGCCCAUCUGCAUCUUCGAUGACGACGACUCCCCCACCGAAGGGGCGGGGGCAGGGGGCUCCCUGGGCAUACUCACGGAGCCCACCUCGGCCACGCCCACCGGACUGCCCACAGCGAUCGCUCCGUCGCCUUCGUCGUGCUCGUCAUCCACCACGACGUUGUCGAACUUCAAUUCGAUCACGUCACCCUCACCAGUGGUUCCCGACUUGCUUCUGUCCACGCCGCCUGGCGUCAACUCCAGCCUGAGCCUGAGCCUGAGUACCAGCUCGACGGGAGCGACGCCUGCCACAGCAGCAGUUACAUCUAGUAAGAAGCCGGAUAAGCGACCCCCCUCUGCAAAUUCAUCAUCCGGUGGCGCCGGACACCAUUCGCACCAUCAUCACCUUCACCAGUCUCAUAACCACCACGUCCAGGCAUCGCCCACGUCGUCGCCGAACAAGCGCCAAAAGUCCAACAGCAGUAGCAAGGAAUGCAGCUCCUCUAGUCGCAGCUCAGCUCUACCCUCCUCCGUCGCCAACACAUUGUCGGUACAAACAGCCCGUGCCGGCACUGUCUCCUCCAAUAGCCACAGCAGUAGCAGUUCCUCGUCGAAGCCUCCGUCUUCGUCUGUCGGUCAGCCGAGCAGCAGCAGCAAGUUCUUUAACCUCCACGAGAAAAUAAGAGACCUGUAUCUGCAGCUGCUCAGUAACGACCUUAACUAUUUCGCUGAGACCGGGCUAAAACAGCGUACGCGCUCCUUCACCCUGGAGCGGCUGGUGGAGCGGGAAAAACUCAAUACAAUCGUUGUCAACCUUUAUCCCGGCAACAAGGGAUAUUCCUUGGCGCUGCACUACGACGAGAACCUGAUGCUGAACCCUCAAACUAACGAAUGGUCUGCCACUGGUUUGAAAGAAGAGUGCAUCGGCGAUGGUGCGGGAACUGUAGGACAACGGAGCGGACGCAGCAAGACGACGAAUGCCGACGAGAGCCAAGUCAAAGUGGAGACCGGGCAGGUCAAGCAAGACUACAGUUUGGUGGAGGUGCUGCGAUGGCCUUACGAAAACGACCUAUUGCUGCAGUGCAUCGAUCGCGAGAUGCUACCUGAGUUUCUUAUGGAUCUGCUCAGCGCAGAGACCGUCAGUCUGUCGGACGCCCGAGGGACACGGGUGUACGUGAAGCCAAGCGUGUUCUACGCGGGCUGCGUCAUCGCGCAGAUCCGCGACUUCCGCCAGACAUUUGCCACCUCAACGAAUAUCUGUGAUAUGAAGCACAUCCUGCUCAGGCCCACAAACGCCACCCUCUUCGCGGAAGUGCAGCAAAUGGGCAGCCAGCUGCCGGCGGAGGACAAACUUGCUUUGGAGAGCCAGCUAGUGUUGGCUACUGCGGAGCCGCUGUGCCUGGAACCGGAUCCAAGCAUAGGAAGGCAGGCCAUCAACGCCCAGCACCAGCGGCAGCUCUUCAAUUCCCACGAACUGCGCCGCCAAAUGAAGAAGUUCACUCAGACGGCCAUCAAUCGGAAGCGCAAGUUGGACCAGUUUACACAUCACCAUGGCCUGGAACUGUGCGACUAUCUGGCUCGCCUACGCCAGCGGCCGCGUGCGGGUAGUAGCAGCGGCACAGGCACCGCCACACCGGCAACUGCCCCCACGAACAAUCCGCUCGUUGGAGCCAUGCUUUCCUCGUUUACCUCGAAGGUGCCCCGGCGACCCCACGAGGUCAUACGGCCCAUUCGUCCGCCCUGCCUAGACUAUCCCGCCAAUCUUAAGGUGCCCGAGCACGUGAUUAGCGUAGAGAAGUACGCAACCUUCGAGCCCCUAAACGAGUUCAGUGAGGCGUGCAAGGACGGGUGCCAGCCCAACUGUCGACACAACUUCCAGCCGCAGCUUGUCGAGGAGUACGUGCUCGAGACGGAACGCGAGGCGACCGAAGGCCGGCGGGCGCUGUACCACAUCAAGCUGUCCAUCUUUCAACGUCCCUCCGAUGCCGAAUAUCUGGGCGAGUUGUACGUGGACCGGGACUAUAGGGAGGGCGAGCGCAAUGGAGAGUCGUGCCGCUUUGCGUUGGGAACGCGGGUUCAUGCCAAUCGGUAUAUUCAACAGUUCCGCGAUUUCACUGAAGAGGGUCGCAAGGCGGUCAAGAUCACGCAUUUGAUACCCGGACAUGUGCCAAUUGUGACCCACACGGGGCUGACGAACGAGCAGCGGAUCAUUUUGCAGCAGCAGCAGCAGCAACAACAGCAGCAGAGGCAAGCACAGUUGCAACACCAACAACAGCAACAGCAACAACACGUGGGUAAUCCUCCGCAACAGCAACAACAGCAGCCACAACAGCAGCAGCAGCAGCAACAGUUGCCCGCAACAGUGCACCAUGUGGCACUUCCGAGGCAGCAAAUCAUGCAAAAGACUUUGAAUCUUGCCGGAGGCAAUGUCAUAAACGUGCAGCAAAAUUUCCGGCAGCAGCCAGUCCAGCAGCAUCAAACUUACUCUAUUGAGCCAGCCCAACAACAAGCAGGAACACAAACUGCCACGCAACAGCAGCAGCAGCAGCACAUCCAGCUUCAACAGCUGACCACCGGCCUCAGCAAUUCCUCCACAACCACUCAUCAAGUGAGCCUGAGCAACGGUUCCCUGGUUUUAGUACAACAGCCCCAGCAGCAGCUGGCGCAGGCCCUGCAACACUCCGGUAUUAAUCAACCGGCCACCAUCCAGCAGCAGCAGCAGCAGGAGAAGGCCACAUCGGGUGCUAAUUCCGCAUUGCGUGCCCAGCUCAACUCUAGUGGGUCAAUUCUGCAAUCGCAGCUAAAAGUUCAACAGCAGCAGCAGAUCAUGCCGAAGCAACAUCAACAACAGACAACUGCCACUAGCAACACAAACAAUAAUAAUACUAAUAAUAAUAAUAAUAACAAUAAUAAUAAUAAUAACAAUAACAAUAAUAAUAAUAAUAGUAAUAUGAACAAUAAUACGGCCAUACAUCCGAAUCCUGCUAUAAAUGCCAUAGUCAACAGCAUUAUGAACUCUGCCAACCAGUACCAGCAGCAACAGCAACAGCAGCAGCAACAUCAGCAACAGCAAUCGGUCAUCAGCAGCAAUGCUGGAGCUUCUAGCGGCAAUAAUGGAAGUAGCACUGCAACGCUCAAAAACUCCAGCAACGCAUCUAUUCUGAACCUGCUCAACAGUGCGCCAGCCGCAAUGACCAGUACUCCGGUGGCCAGCGGCACUUUCACCUCCUCUACCACUGGGCAGCAACAGCAGCAACCACAGCAGACGCUGACGCUGGUGCAACAGCAGCAGUCCACUUCCGCCACCGCCGAUGCAGCCACAGCUACAUACGUACAAGCCACCCGUGGCACGCCGACGCUGGUGAAUGCCCAGCGAAAGCAGCAGUCGAGCGAGGUGCUACAGAACCUUCUGAAUGCUAACAGAAAGAUCGGGGGUGGGACGACCACGUUUCGGACUAACUCCGCCGGCAAUUUGAUAGCAGUCAAUCUGAACCAAGCGGCGCAGACGCACCACCAACAGGCGGGUGAUGGCGGACAGACCGUGCGAGUGUCCAUGUCGGCGCUGGCCUCGCAGCUGGCUUCGCCGCCGGCAGUGAUGACGAAUCCAACCACGAGCUACACAGUGAUCUCUUCGGGCAAUAAUGCUGCGACAGCUGCAGCUUGGAUUCAGAGCCCCACUGGGCCGGUGCAGCAGCGCAUACUUAGUUCGCUGAGGAGGGACAGCACCACCGUGCCGCCCAACGCGAUUGUCGUGGGAAUGGCCGCACCAUCGCCUGGCAGCGAUUCAAAUGCUUCAAAUGCUAGCGGAUUCGCGGUGCCCAACAACUUGGCAUCCACCUCAAGUGGCGGUGGUGGAACCUUGUCCGCCCUGCUGAGUAACGCUGCUACGCCCUCGCCAUCGGGCUCAGAUCAUUCGCAAUCGUCGCAGACGCAUCAGAACCAGGCGUUGCUGGAGCGACUUAGCAAUGUCACCUCCAACGUGUCCGCAGUGUCCAUGCCGCACAUGUCGCCCCAGCAGCCAUCGGCGACGCCGCAGUUUAUUACCAAAACCAUAGUGCACUCUCCCGCCACCUCCUCAAUACACUCGCCAAUGUCUAGUCCGCAUCCGCAGCCAUCUGCCUCGCCCCAACAACAGCAGCAGCAGCAACAGCAGACCACCGCUACUUUGAACCUGCAGGGCAUCAAUCUGUCGCAGCUGCAGGGAGCCAUGGCCAACUUUGCGGGUCUGCAAAAUGUACAAGUGCAGAUCCCAGGAUUCACGCAACCCAUUUCCCUGCAGUUUUCGGGAAACAGCCUUCAGCAGCAGCCGCAGCAACAGCAGCAGCAAGCGGGAAGCGUGACCACGGGCACGGGCACAACGCAGGGCCAUCAGCGCAGCGUCUUAGUAUCGGUUCCGGUCUCCAGUCACCAGCAGCAGUUGCCACACACCAUAACGCUGCAAACUCAGCCGGCUACGCACCAGCAGCAACAGCAACACGCGCCACCCACUGGCACUAUCGUCAGCCUGCCCUCGACAGUGUCUGGUACCCAGACGGUGGUCAUCACUAACAACGGCGGCGGUGCAGCCGGAAGUGGGACAAGUGGCAACGGCGGUGGCGGCGGCGGUGGUGGAGGAGCUGGCGCCGCCACCGCCAUGCUGACCCUUCCCAUUGCUCAAAUAGUCGGUGCGGGUGUACAAAAACUAAAUCCUCAAACAAUACGUACCUCAAGUGUUGGUGGUGGUGUAGGGCAGGCUCAGUCGGGAGGCAGCAACACGACGGCGGCCAUCCAGCUAGUGGGCACGAUACCGCCGCGUACCCGUAACGUCCAGGUGGUUGGCACUAAGCAAUUGGCGCCGAACAGGCAACUGAUCACCGCUCAACGACAGAUAGGAGGCUCCACGCUCAAGAUAGCCACCACGCCCGUGAAUGCAGCUGCCAAUGUGGUAACUAGCAGCGCCAACCUGAGCGCCGCUUCCAUUGUGAUGUCUACUCAGAAAUUGCAACUGAAAACAGUGAAAGCACCUAUGCAGCAGCAACAGCAGUUGCAACAACAACACCGAAUACUCAACCAACAACAAAGCACCGCCACAGUUUCGUCGCAAACUCUUCACAGCCCCAGCCAAGUGCAGAUGCAAGUGUCGCAACAGCAACAGCAGCAGAUGCAGCAUAUACAAAUAGCAGGACGGGCCGCAACCGCCUCGGGGGCCAUCAGCCAACGGACGCUAACGGCUCUGGCGGCGGCCAAGCAGCAGCAACAGCAGCAGCAACAACAGCAGCAACAGCAGGCUGCAGUCAAUCGCCGGCGCUCCACCACGGAUGCGACAAAGUAGAAAGUUAGCAAUGAAGGCGUGGGAGUUUCUAUAUGCGAAACGGGACUGAGUGUGCUACGCAUUGUGCAUUGCUUGAUAUUAUAGUUUAUGCAAAGGCCUUAUAAUAACAAGAUGCAUAACGCCGAAACAAAUUUGCGUCCCUCUAGCCCUAGCUAGCUCAAAGUUGAGAGUGUUAUGUGUGAUUAUACACAGAUCAUGCAAUUGCGUAUGUGGGCGUACAGAUCUAGAAUUCCCGAGAAUGCAUGCACACAUCGUCGGCUGCCUCUGGGUUUGAACACGAAAACUUUCGGGUCUAGAGCGUUUUCCCUCUCUGAGUUUUGAACAAUAUUUUAAGAGAACUAAAGAGAGCAUAAAAAUUCGAGGGCAAAAUAAUCGUAUGGCAUUACUCAUCUUGUUAUUUUAUGGUCUUUGGUUUAUGGUUACCUCCUAUCAAUACUAUCGUACAUACAUUGUAUACCCCUAUACAUAGUUAUAUAUAUAUGUUUUGAUGUGUAAUCGUAAGUGUAAACUGCAUGAGGACAUGGCAACGAAAUAUGGAGCUAAAAAGGAGUUCGCAUUGCUUGUGUUAACUGUGUCCCCUUGGAAGAAACGAAUUAGGUGUAGUAGAACUCUUACCAUACAUAUUUAUCUAGUUGUAUAUAUACACAUAUAUGUAUAGAUAUAUGUGAAAAAUUGUUUCAAUAUGUCUUGCUACCAAUCUGGCUCCCAACUCCCUUUCGUUAGAUCCUAAGAUUGGCCCCGCAACAGUGCUUAUUUAAGCUGUAAGGCAAGGUAGGCGGCGAAAACAAAAAGCAAUAAUCGGAGAGGAGAAAAGGAAAUAAAACACGUAAAUUAAUUGUAAAGAAAUUCUUAUUAUUACGAUUACGAUUUAAAAAAGAUCAUGUGAACCAAGUUAGGGGUUCAUUUUAGUAAUUAAUCAUACGCAUAUUGUAAUUAUAAAUUAUAACUAUUAUUGCUAAUUAUUUAAUCAAAGGAGGAGAACACACAUUUUAGCUUGUAAUGUACAAUUCAUAGCCUCAACCAAUUUAGUACUUCCAAUUACAGAAACAUUAAAAGCCGAAAGAAAAACCAA